UCUCUCUCUCUCUCUCUCGCUGACGCUUGUCAAACCCGCCGGCGACAAUGACGGGGACGGUCUUGGCGACUACAACCUUCACUUCCUCUUCCUCUCUAAAACCCUAAUCCCUCCGUUCUCGCCAUCGUCAGCUUCUUCUUCCUCAUCCCCUUUGUCUUGGGAGGCACAAAGAGAGAUAGAAAGCGUACAGUGAUUUAGGAACAGUGAGAGAGGGAGCCGAUGGAGAGGCUGGGGUCAGAGAACCAGAAGAACCCGAGCGUCUACAACUACGAGGCCCCCUGGCAGAUCUAUGGCCUGGCGUGGUCUGCCCGGUCGGAUAAACGGUUCCGGCUUGCCGUCGGGAGCUUCAUCGAGGAGCCAUCCAACCGCGUCCAGAUCCUCACCCUCAAUGAGGAGAACCCUUCCCUCGGCUUCCGCCGCGACCCUUCCCUCCAAUUCGAGCACACCUACCCCCCCACGAAGCUCAUGUUCCAUCCGGACCCUAGCUCCGUCUCACCGGACCUCCUGGCGACGUCCGGCGACUUCCUCCGCCUCUGGGAAGUCGGCGGCGAAGGCGGGGUGGAGCUCAAGGCAGUGCUUAACAACAGCAAAAGUUCGGAGUUCUCUGCGCCCCUGACGUCGUUCGAUUGGAACGACGCGGAACCCAGGAGGAUCGGUAGCUGCAGCAUCGACACCACCUGCACCGUGUGGGAUGUGGAGCGGGAGGCCGUGGAGACGCAGCUCAUCGCGCACGACAAGGAGGUCUACGACAUCGCUUGGGGGGAGGCCGGCGUUUUCGGCUCCGUCUCCGCCGAUGGUUCUGUGAGGAUCUUUGAUCUCAGGGAUAAGGAGCAUUCCACCAUCAUCUACGAGAGCCCCUUUCCGGACACCCCCCUUCUCCGUCUCGCGUGGAACAAGAGGGACCCCAGGUACAUUGCCACUGUUCUGAUGGACUGCAGCAGGGUUGUGGUGUUGGACAUACGGAUGCCGGCAGUGCCAGUGGUGGAGCUCGACCGGCAUCAGGCUAGUGUCAAUGCGGUGUCAUGGGCGCCACAUACUUCCCGGCAUCUGUGUUCUGUGGGGGAUGAUGGGCAGGCACUUAUCUGGGAGAUGCCGACAGUCAUGUCCCCAACUGGGACGGUGGACUUCGGUUGUGGGGAGGACGCUGCGGGCAUUGAUCCAAUACUCGCAUAUAGUGCAUGCAGUGAGAUUAAUCAAGUCCAGUGGUCCACGCUGCAGCCAGAUUGGGUCGCCAUUGCCUUUUCUAACAAGUUGCAGGUGCUGAGGGUCUAAGGGAUUGCCUUCCUCUUCGUUUUCAAGCUUGCAAUGCUUGUCUAAGGUGAUUUGGUUGGAAAUUCCAGUCGACAGGUGGCUUCUCAGCAAUUUGGUUAAUCCUGCAUAUAAAAUAUAUUUUUUAUGAAUUUGGGGAAAUUCAACAUUGGAAGAAGAAGGAAGGGAAGAAUACCUUUUUUCCAUUUGUUUGUUAUGUAAAAGCUUAGACGUGGAUGCAAUUUCGCAGGUUGUUAGCAAUUAAAGAAGAAUUAUAUUGCA